AUGAUUACCAUAGCAACAAGCCUAAUUGUACGUCCAUCAUCAUCCUCUUCAACAAAGCGGGCCACUGAUCCAGUAACCAAACUCUCUCAUGUAUCUCUUAAUAGAUCCGAUAUUCCUAUGCAGCAAUCACAAGAACAAUUAGAGCAUUAUUACAACCAUCCAUCUCUCAACGCCAGUAACUUAGACCUAGAUAUGAACAAUAUGACAUCUCUCGAUGCUAGCAACUUGCUCUAUCAGAACGACCAGAGUUUCAAUUGCGGGCAAAUCCUGACUAAUUACAGUAAAAAUUGGUCUGAACGCAUACUCCAGGAUAUUACGGGAUUACUCCAUGUGCUAUCGCCAACAGGAAAAAUAUUAUACUGCUCAUCGUCGUGUAUAUCUGUCAUAGGAUUCCAGCCCGAAGAACUUGUAGGAAGAUCGUUGACCGAUUUUAUACAUGUAGAUGAUUUGGAUUUAUUUAUUCAGAACUUUCAGUUGGCAUUUAGCUCCAUGUUACGCAUCAAAAUACACUAUCGCCUUCGAUGCAAGGACAAUUCCUUCGUGCUACUAGAAUCCAUAGGUCAUCCAAAGCAAGAUGCUGUGAAUCAACCUCCCCAGUACUUUUUUGCCAUCGCUCAGCCGUAUCUAUCAAGAAGCAACGGUUUGAUGGAUGCAUUCCUCGAGAUGAGGCUGGAAAAUGAAUGGUUAAAAAAACGUCUUGAAGGGUUCUUGAGUAUGAACCGUUCUCCACCCAUUUCAGCAGUAGAACCAACAUGCAGUCAGCGACAGGUAACUUUACAGCAACCACAGCAACAAUACCAUCUAGAGCAGCCGUCCUAUGUUUUUUAUGACGACAUGUACAAUACAAAUGAUCAACAGCAGCUCCAUCACCAUCACCAACAACAGCUACACCAACAACAGCUACACCAACAACAGCAGCUACAUCAACAGCAACAGUAUCUGCAGCAACAGCAGCAACAACAUAAUCAUCAUCAUUACCAGCAGGCUCAUCAACAACCACAACAACAAACACAAAUAACUCAAUCUUCACGUAGGCCGUCUACGGUUUCUGCGAUGAUGGAGGACCAGUGGAAUUACUCACCGUCUGCAGCCUCUUCAACGGAUCUAAUGAGCAGAUACCAAGCAGAAGAAGCAAAUGGACUGACAACAGCCGCCGCAACGACUACGACUACGACUACGACUACUCCAAGUACUACGACUAAUACAGCAACUUCAACAGUUUCAACAAGCACCUUAACUAUGCCUAUAAAAACAACAGCUACAACAGCGUCCUAUCCAUCGUCUGAUAAUACCUUGAUGAUCCCACUCGAUGUCGCACGAAAGGAUAAAUGGAAACGCAGAAAAAAGCAAGCCAGUGUUGAAUACCUUUGCACUGAUUGCGGCACCACCUCGUCGCCAGAAUGGCGCAAAGGACCUCAUGGGCCUAAAACUCUAUGUAACGCGUGUGGUCUUCGUUGGGCAAAGAAAAACAAGAAGAUUUAA